AUGUCUGCAUCGACGUCGACGAUCCGCCUCUUUGCGCCCGGCGUCGAUGAGAUGAUCAACAGCCUCGAGCGAUCCAUGACCAAGAUCGACGGCGAUGUCUCGAUCCGCUUCAAACCGACCCCGCUCGCCACCACCAUUGCACCCGAUGGAGCUGCUGCCACCGUCUGGAACGUCCGCGCGCACGAAUAUGCCUCGAUCAACGGUCACACCACCAAGAUCGUCGAGGACCAAAAGUUCUUGGAAUCGCACAACUACUUUUCUGCACAGGAUCAGUCUGGUGCGCACCUCGAAUGCCACUUUGAUCACAUCAACGCACCUGCUACCUGCGUCAACCGUCAAAAGAAGCACCACACCACAUUCACCAGCACCUUCAAACACGCACGUCCCUUUGCAACCGCGUUCCACAAACAUGUAGUCAAGCCCAAGAGCAGCUCCACCACAUCGACAGCAGCGACUGCAAGCACCCAGUCGGUGGUGCAAGCAGCAGCUGUAGCCACGCAGUCAGUAGCAGCGCCCGAUGUACAAGCUCAGUCAUCGGCAAGCUCGGCAGGUUCCAACUCGAGGAUGAACUCGACUUCGGGUGCGGCAAAGAAGGCCAAGUCGCUCCCAGUGUUGCUGGGUGCCGCCACUGUUCUCUUCACGGCCGUCCUGGCCUUGCAGCCUUAG